AUCUUCUUAUUCUUUCUCACCAAAGUCACCUACCUCAUCUUUGGAAGUGCAUUAAGCAAAGGAUAAAAAAAACAAGCAUAACAAGGAGUCAACAAAACCGCUUCAUUUCGUUCCAAAUCACAAUUCCUGUUUCAUCAAAACCAAAGCUAAUUUUUCGGGUGUUCCUCGUUCCAUCAGAUUCACGCUGCACCAGCCACAACCACCGAAUACUUAUUUUUCAGUCACGAAUAUCCUAAAUUGAUUCAUCCGUGAAACAUCUAGUGUGAUGGGUUGAUAGAAUUUGUUAGGUGUUUUUCUAUAUUUACCAAUUUGUUCAAUCUUCAAUGCCAAUAAGAUGAUAAAAUCAAAGUUUGAGUGUGGGGAUCAAGAUGUUGAUGGUGGUGAUGUUGGAGAAGCUAACUGUGAAGAUGGUCGGUUACUGCGUGACAUUGAGGAAAUAAGCAGAGCCCUUUACUUGAACAAGGCCCCUUCUAAGGGCUUGUUCUCUUCGUCAAAUAUUCGAUCCAAAUCUGCUGAGAAAACUCGUGUAGCAAAGCCAAAAGUUCAAUUUGCUCCAGGAUAUGUUAGGGAUGAUCUGUUUGUUAAGGACAAGAAGUUGUCUUCAGCAUGGAAUUGGAAGAAGCCCUUGAAAGCUUUGACCCAUAUUGGUAGUCAGAAGUUCCAUUGUUGUUUUAAUCUCCAUGUCCACUCGGUUCAAGGGUUGCCGUCGAAUUUCAAUGGCAUUAGUUUGCGUGUUCAUUGGAAAAGGAAAAACAGCAGUUUGCAGACACGCUCGUCAAUGGUUUUUGGCGGUGCUGUUGAGUUUGAUGAAACUUUGGCCCAUAAGUGCUCGGUAUACGGUAGCGGCAGUGGGACUAGUCAUUCCGUGAAGUAUGAUUCUAAGCGUUUCAUGAUUUAUGUUUCUAUUGUUGGGGCACCUCAAGUUGACAUAGGGCAUCAUGAGGUAGAUCUCACAAGACUUUUGCCUCUAACUUUGGAGGCAUUAAGGGGCGACAAUAGUUCAGGGAAAUGGACCACAAGUUUUAGAUUGGCAGGAAGCGCUAUGGGAGCUAGCCUACAUGUUAGUUUCAGUUAUCAAGUCUUAAAUGAUGAAUUGAUGAAAUUCGGUGGUAGCAAUCCAAAUGUUCUCAACCAUAUUAAUUUGGAGGCUAGCAGGUCUAGUACCGCAGACAAUGCUGUGGAUUUUGGUUAUAGCAAUAGGGACAUAAAGUCUUGGCAAUCUGGGAGCUAUGCUCAUGAGCUGCAAAAUAGAUUGGUUGUCCCUGAUUCAGAUGAUGCAACAUCGUGCAAUGAAUUAUUGCUGAAUUCUGGCUCAGGUCUUUCGAAGUCAAUCAGUUUAUUAUAUCAGAAACUUGAUGAGCAGUACUUGGAUGAUCCAGCCUGGAUAGACUCGAAAGAUUUGGAACCAAUUAGGACCAAAAUUCCUCUGAAAUCGGAGUUUCCUGAAGAAUCAUUGAACAUGAGUGUGAUGACACAGAGUCUGAUGACACUGAGUUUUCCAUUAUUGAACAGGGUGUAGAAACAUCAGAUGGUAAUUCCAUGCAACCUGAUCAGGAAAGAACUAAAACAAUUGAUGUAUCUACGGUUGAAAUCAUUAAUGUGGAUGAGAUUAUUAAGGACGACGACAUAGAUUUAGACAGAAACACAAGAUGUGAUUCAAGGGAUAACAUAUGUCAUAGUUGCUUGAACGGGGCGAUUGCAGAUGACAGCAAACUUAACUGCAGUAGCACAUGUGCCGAUCAAACUUCCAUGAAAGCAGUGGAUACAGCUCAUGAGACAUCACCGGAGUUGGUAGUUUUAGAUAACUUGGAUGCUUUAUGGCCAAUGCAUGAGUUUCUACAUCACGAACAACACCAGUUGAGUCUCCAGUCUGAUUAUAAAACACAUAGAACAUUGAAAAAGUCACAUAGCUUGGAUGAUUUCACUGAAUCUGUGGCAAAUGAUUUCUUGAACAUGCUUGCUACGGAGAGUGACACGUUUGACUUGGGUUGCCAUGGUGAUCCACAAUCUCCUAGAGAACAGCUUUUAAGCCAGUUUGUAGAAGAGGCUCUGUCUUCAGGUAACUUCAGUCUUUAUUUCGAUGCAAAUAAGGAGGAAUUGGGAAUAGAUAUAGAUACACUUGGAGAGGGUAGGGAAGAUUUUGCUGCGGAUUCUGAAUUGUCUUUAACUAUUCAAUCUGCUGAGGAGGAUCAUGAAAGGGCGAGUCGGUUAUUACUCCAUAGAAGGAAUGCUAAAAUGCUUGAAGAUCUAGAGACCGACUCAUUGAUGCAACAAUGGGGAUUAAAUGAAAAGGACUUUGAAGAUUCUCCUGGAACGUGGUCCGGUGGAUUUGGAAGUCCAAUUGAGUUACCGAAUGAAGAAUCAUUGAUGUUACCUUCAAUUGAAGAAGGGCUUGGUUCAUUUGUUGAAACAAAGGAUGGAGGCUUUCUCAAGUCCAUGAGUCCUUCCCUCUUCAGACAUGCUAAAAAUGGUGGGAAGCUAAUCGUUCAAGCUUCUAAUCCACUUAUUCUACCUGCAGAAAUGGGUAAUGAUGUUUUGGAGAUACUUCUGCAUAUGGCAUCUGAUGGAGUUGAGGAUCUGUAUAAUCAUAUCUACAAAUUAAUGCCUUUGCAAGAUAUCACUGGAAAAUCGAUUAAGCGAAUUGCGUGGGAAGCUACAACUGACAUGAGAUCUCCUAGAAGGCAUGAAUUUCCACAUGGUUAUGUAAUUAAUCAAGGCAUAGACUUCAAUUCCUUAUCCCUAGAAGCUAUAGCUCCUAUAGCUAUUGGUAUGAUUGAAACCCUUUUGAUAGAAGGGUUAAGAGUACAAUCUGGCAUGUCGACUGUGGCGGCACCAUCAAGCAUUCGUCCCCAGCAGCAUACGGGGAUUGUUGAUGUUAAUGGAUUGAUAGGUCUGUCAGUGACAUUGGAUCAGUGGUUGGGAUUGGAUUCUGGGAUUAUUGAAGGAGAUUUGGAGCAAAUUUUAAAGGUCCUUAAAGCUCAUCAUUCGAAAAUAUCAGAAUUAGACGAUGAAGUGUUGGAAAAGGCCAUGGACAGGGUAAGAAUAUAUGGCAGCGAAUACAGACUCUUUGGAAACCACAUAACAGUGGCUUGCAUGAUCCAGCUUAGGGAUCCCCUACGAAAUUACGAACCUGUUGGCGUUCCGAUGCUGGUUUUAACUCAAGUCGAAAGGGUUCACAUACACGAUGAUGAAUCGUCGCGAUCCCUCAGCAUUUUUCUUGAAAGACAGGAUGAGGGAGCUGAGAAUGAGGCCCUGCAAAAUGAUUCAAAUGAUGUAGAAAACUCAGCACCCCAGUUCAGAUUUAAGACCAGUGAGAUUCAUCUUGCCAGUGUUACAACCAACGAAGCCGGGAAAAGGAAACUAUGGGGUACCGGAGCUCAGCGGCAAUCUGCAUUCCGAUGGUUGCGCACCACCGGCAUGGAUAGUAGUAGUACUACUAAACAUUCAACUUCGAAGUCAAAGGCAAUCGUUAGAUCGUUCCCAUUGUUGACCAACAAGUUGCUGAAUGAGGAUAUUUUAUGGAGCAUUUCUUGUGUUCAUGAUAACAAGAGGACUAGUGCUGAAAAUGUACACAUUCGGAACCCUGAUAUUAUCUUUUCCAAAUUGAACUAACAGAUAAUUUUUUGACAUGCCAUGUUAGCCAAUUUAGGGGAAAAAAUGUUCCUCUUUGUAGAUAGUUUAUACUAAUUGGUAGAUAUUUUGUUAUCUGGGAAUGAAGUUAUACGAA